GCAUUAAAAGUAUAGCCUGGGCCAAUAUGGCAGUAUGCGCACGAUUGUUUUUAAAAUGGGAAUGUGAUUGUACGAAAAGAAAGCAAGCGAUGUUUAAUUUAAAUAUGUAAUAAUGUAAUAAAUAAUUUAUUUCUCUUACUGAUUGUCAGAUUUUUUGGUAUGAAAGUUGCCCUCAGGCACGUAAAGAUGUCUGGAAUAUUUGAAAAAUCCCUUGAAUCUAUUGGGUCUCUAUUAUCACCACUGGGGACCAACGUUGGAUUAAAACAUAUGCUUGAAAGAUGUGUUACUUCCCGAACAAAAAGAGAGGAAGAGUGGAUGAUACGAGAUUGCCUCAGACUUGUAAAAGCAAAGCUCUCAGAACCAUCCAGCAAACCAUCCACUGUUAUUAAAUGCCUUGCAUUUUCUAUCUUUUCGGAACUAUCGGGUUACAAAGCAGAAUUUGCUUAUAUCCAUGCUGUAAAGUUGGCUCAGAAUGGAUCAUUAGCAGAAAAGAAAAUGGGCUACUUGGCUUGUGCUUUUCUUCUGCGUGAAUGUGACUCACUCGCUGUUCUGCUAGUCAACACGAUUCUUCGUGAUUUAACAAGUAAGAACAUAUAUGUGGUAGCCAUGGCUCUGUGUGCCAGCUGCCAUGUCUUUCCUCAUGAUCAGGUGACUGUUUUGCUGCCUGUUCUGGAGGAGAAACUUAAACAUCCCAGCGAUUAUAUUCGAAGCAAAGCUGUGAUAGUCUUACACCACUUUUAUCGAGUAUUUCCUCAGCUGUGUUUGCAGUAUGUGACUUCAGUCAAAGUUAUGGUGGGAGAUAAAGAUCCAGGAGUGGUGGCCCAUGUUUUGCAGUUCCUUUUCGUAGUUGCUGAGGAUUUACCUGAUGUGGUGAUGGACAUAAUGCCAGCAUUAGUACAAAUUCAGAAUCAGAUCUUGGAUGGAAAACUCCCACUUGAAUAUGCAUAUCGAGGACUACAUGCACCAUGGAUGCAAAUAUCCAUAAUCAGGUUGCUACGAUAUCUGCAAGAGCCUGGCUUGGAUAUUUAUAUGCUUAUUCAAAAGACAUUGCAGAAUGUAAAGCUUCAAAUAGAGAAUGCUAUUGGAGCAGCCAUGGUGUGUGAGUGCAUUACCACAUUGGUAUAUCAUAAGGUGGGGGAUGAGAUGCUGGCUUCUGCAUUACUGUGUGUGGUAGACCUGAUGGCCAGUCCAAACAGCAACUUGAGAUAUGCAGGUCUGAGCUUAUUGGAGAUUGUACUUCAGCAAUACAAACUACCGUUGUCAACUGCACAGCAAGAUGUAGUGCUGACAAGUUUCUGUCAUCCAGAUGAAGCCAUGAAACGCCGCACACUCAGUCUGUUAUGUACGGUAGCAGAAGCUCACAAUGCAGAGACUGUGUGUACUCAAGUGGUUGAUUAUGUAUGUGACCAGUGUUCACACAACCCACAUCUUCAGCAUGACCUGAUAUCCAGGGCUGUAGCUUUAACUGAUAAAUUUCCUAAUUCCCAAACCCAUUGGCAUAUUGCUGCACUUAUACGUGUCUUACCACUGGCUCGGGAUAAGCAAGCUAAGGCCAUACAAAGACGGAUUCAGCUCAUGUUGCUUGCAGGUAAUGGCAGUUUGGAGCAAAGAACUAUUGCAAGAUCCAAAGUUCUAAACAUCCUUGGAAAAUAUUCCGAAUCGAAAACUGUGUCAACUGCAGUUCUUGAGGUUUAUGUGUGGUCUCUUAGCCAGUUCUGUGGUGCAGAAGAUGAUCAACUGGUACUUGAAAAGCUGAUAUCACUUGGAUAUAAAGUUUUGCACAACCAGGAACCCAACACCAUCAUGUCCUAUGGUGUUCAAAACCUACUUAUUUCCAUCAUUCAGUCAGCAGGCCACAUUGCUGAGAAGUAUGAUACAGCCAUAGAUUCACUAGAAGAAUUCCUUCAAGAAACAUUGAAGUCUCAUUUAGCAGAUGCAUACCUACGAUGUACAUGUAUGGAACUAUUAGCAGCACUACCACAUAUAACUGUUAUUCACAAAGUGUUACAACAACCCAUACAAACUGAAACAAAGUUAGAUUUUACAUUGUCAUUCCUUGACAAAUAUGUAUGUGAAAGUCUUGCAGAUAAUGCACUGCCUUACCAACCCAAACUUUUGCAUAUAGCAAAUCCUGUACUUGAAAUUACAUCUCUUCCUUCCAAUUCUACAACAGUACCACUGGCUGCUGCCAUAAUGUCAAGCCCUUGCCCUAGUCCCCUUAGUUCUGGAACUGGUUCUAUUGUUGAUUUCCCUAGAAGUGAAUCAUUUGGCUCAGAAGAUUCCAGGUCUUGGUCAUUAAGGAGUCCUCAAAAGGAAGACUUUCGUGCAAAACUACUGUGGAGUCAAGAAGGUCGGGCAAAAAAUGUUGACUCUUUUGUUUACGUAGAGCAUAAAGAGGAGGUAACUCCUGUACCCUCAGACAGCAAGAUUCAAUAUUUGGCAAGUCUUCUCUUCAACAGACAAGAGCGGGAGGCUGCAGGGGAGGAAGCAUUACAGAGAGACCCAUUAGACGAGUUGCUAAGUAAAGAUUUUCAAAAACUGUCUGCAAGUAAACCUGGAAAGAGAUGAUACUAGGAGGUUAUAGAGAAAGAAUCUAAAUGUUUAUGGCUGUGAAAAGUUUCUGUCCAGGAGAAUUAAAACAUUCCCUCCUGUGGAAAAUGUGAUUGACAUUUAGACAGCCUUCCCUUGAUACCAAACUUUUUCCACUUUAUAUUUUAAAUUAUUUUAUAAGCAAAUAAUUUUUUCUUAAACCCAAAUGUAACAGCCAUUCUCUGAAUUAAUCAUCAUACAAACUUAUUUCUUGUCCUUUACAUGUAUAUGAUUUCAACUAAAUAUAGGUUGAUGUCAAAUAGAAUCAGCAGUUCACUUUUCCGUUUUAUGCUUUGAGAAUUUAAUAGUAUUCUGACGCUGUCCGAUAGAGAAAUUGACACGUGGAUGUGAGAAAGAUCAGGUCAUAUACUUGGUAUUUGAAAUAAGUAUGACUACACACAUCCUGUUUUAGGGUUAGCAGUGGAUAUUUUAAUGUUGCAUAGAGUUCAUAUUUUGGUUAUAUCUGGUUGUGUCCAUAUGUAAGCAGACAGAAACAAGGUAUUCUACUGCAUCUCUAAGAAUUACAGUAUAUUAUUCACGACCUAUGUUUAAUUUCAUGUAUGGAUCAGGGGUUUAUAUGUAUGAACGCUCAAUCAUAACACACUAGAUGCCUUUCUUCACAAAAUGUAUGUAGAGUACUCUGUUUUGAUCUCUAUAAAGCCUUAUGAUACUUUAUAUGCCUUUAUUCAAUAAAAGAUUUAUGAAUGUUGUAGAAUAAC